AUGGCGAAGCAAAGCGGAGUGGAAGCCACUUAUGACGUGGUUGCCCGUCACCGCAACGAUACGGUGGCUGCUCCAUUCUCCGUUCGACUCCUAAAAUACCAGGAUAACCAAGACGCCUCUGAAUCUCCCCUGGACGACUGCCAGCUCACGCCGCUCUUGCCCGCGUCAUAUCGCACUGAAUCCGACGACCUAACUACGCCGAGCCGUCAGGUCAGGGCCUGCAUAAGGAUGGAGCUCGAUGUGCACAGGCUGAACAACAUUGACGGCUGGCUGUGGAUUGCGGGACGGCUCACGCCGCCUCGUCCGUUGCACCACCAGCUCCUGCUUAGCCGGGAGAUCUUCAUUACGGAGCAGAUGGAUAUGCAUCUCGUCUGGACAACAGGCCGUAUCUUCAUUAAACCCAUCCCGCGCUUCCUGCUUGAGCCGUGCUUCUGGAUCCAAUAUCUCUGUUGCGGACCAGAAUGUGACUGCUCUAAGGGUGAACCUCAUUCCCAAGGGAGUGUCCAGGAAUGUGAGUGUCGAAGGCUUUGGAAAUGCGCGCUUGGGUUCUUGUUCUCCUACGCCGCGCUAAUACGCCACGAGAGUGACUUCUUCACGGCGCAAGACAAGCACUUGCUCCCGGAAGAGGUCGAAUGGCCAGAGUGGAUAUCCUUUGUCGAGCAACUUAACACGGAGCACAUCUACCCAGACAUUGACCCGCGAUUCUAUUACGGUGAGCUUCGAUUGAGUCGGUUAAACAAGAUAUACCGCCUAUCUCAAACCCCUUUGCUUGGCUACAUGGCUCACUGGAAUCGGUACGCCACUUUUUUUCAAGAUAAUUUUGCCUGGCUCGCGGGGACGACAGUCUACAUCGCACUUGUCCUGACCGCGAUGCAGGUCGGGCUCGCAACCGAUUCUCUUAAAAACAACGACGCCUUUCAAUCUGCAUCAUACGGCUUCACCGUCUUCUCCAUUCUGGGACCGCUGAUUUGCGCCGGGCUUAUUGUCCUGACGUUCUGUUUCAUUUUUAUUUUCAACUGGAUAAUGACUGGAAUCAAGAAAAGGUCGCGGCUUCGACAUAUUCGGCCUGUGCCAGAUCACAGGUCGAGCAUUGCGUAG